CCCGUACAUCGCUACUAACUUUAGGGCUCAUUAACAGCAUAAUAGAUUCCUAUCACCCCCUCCCAGCCCCUCUCCCUCCCUCCUAAGACGUUUCAUUAUGAUAACGAUACUUGCGGUGUUUGGUUGUUCUUGUCGUUGUACAAAUCACCCUGUCUUAAUUGAAGAGAAUUUAUUCAUUAAGUGGUGAGCAUUAGACAAGGCACGUCCUGCAGCCGCGGUGGUAGACAGAGAAUUACUAGUGACUUGAGACAGUUGGUACCGCUAUAACGGUUGAUGAUGCUGUGUCAAGGUGUAAGAGACAGGUAGCUUGUCGGGAUGGACCCGCGGGAGGCUGUGCUCUGUUUACAGUUGUAAACCUAUUACAGACAGUUUUACACAAGUGCUUCCGGAAGUAUCCAUGUUGAUACUUUUUACUGUGUAUUAGUACAGAAGUUUCUUUUUGGAAAUACCUUGUGAUUUUUGCUUCUCCAUCAAAAAUUAAUUUGGACUUUAUAUAUAUAUAAAUGACGUUUACAUUUUUUAUGUUAUUAAAUUUGUAUCUGUCAUACGGAACAUUCUAUAACCUGUGAAGUUGUUCAAAUACAUUGAACAAACAAGACUUUAACAAAAUUGUAAACAAGGAAUGGAUUGCAGUAUGAAUUCAAGACAUCACAAUUCGUUGACAUCAUCAUGCUAUUCAAGAGACAGUGCUUUUUUCACAGCGCCUCGAACCUGGCAUCCUCAUAUUUACGAGAAGACACCCAAACAACCGACACCCCACUUCAUAUCUAACAUCCUGGGGAUCUGCUUCGAUAAGGACAAUGUUAAAAUCGAGGAAAAGAGGUCAAUUCACGCGCGUAGUGACGAACGGCGACAUCGUGGCUAUGGGUACGAUUCCAGCGACGGAAAAGAAGGCUACACUAAACACCGGAAUUCGGACUUGGACGGAUACAUAUCCGGACCGGAGAACUUGGAAAAUAGACAUCACGGUACAAGCCAUGAGAGUGACUGCGACACAAAACAGAAACGGAAAAGUGAAGACGAGGAUUCAAACCCUGACAAUCAAGCAAAGAAGAAAAAAGCACGAACCACGUUCACCGGCAGACAAAUAUUUGAAUUAGAGAAGCAAUUUGAACAAAAAAAGUACCUUUCAUCAGCUGAACGUGCAGAAAUGGCGGCGCUAUUAAACGUCACAGAAACACAGGUGAAGAUUUGGUUUCAAAACAGACGAACGAAAUGGAAGAAACAGGAAAACAUUUCCAACGCUGAAGCAGCGGAACAUAAAGUGCACGUGGACAAAACUCACGACAUGGCACGUGCGUCUGUCAACACUAAAGCGGGGAAAUCGGAAUCCCUUUCUGUACCCGUCGUCCAGAUAUCCUUAAAACAAACAGUUUUUACACAACAAAUAAACAUGGAAGGUGAUAUCGUAAAACAGUCAAAUGAUUCUCCCAUUCCAAACAACAAUUCUCAUGAUUCCACUCCCAGACAUGACCCUUUAUCAGAGUGUGAAAACUCAAAAGACUCUAAUGUUCAUCUGGAACAUGAAACUUCGGAACCUUGUGUUGAUGUUGACGUCACCGAAACUCGUGUACCAGAAAGUAAUGACGUUUUAGACGAUGAAACAUCGAAAGAUAUCCCAGCAACAAUUUGUUCACAACCGUACCAAUGACAGCAUGUCUUUGUGCCAUACACAUAAAUUAUUAUCGUUAUCUUAUGUUAAUUUAUAUUCCGCGUAAGGCGUAUUACAUGGAACAUUUAAAUAAAUAAAACAAUUGUGGAAUAUAAGGUCUGUAGCAUAUAUUACAUAUGUAACAUAAUGCAUUGCACAUAAUAAUUACUUGUGCUGUGUAAACACGAUUGUCGCCUCUUUCUUGGCGGUGCUUUAGAAUCCAAUUCGGAAAAAAAUAUCAUCACCAACAUAAAAUGCUAGGGUUUAAUGAUAUAUGAAUCAUAGAACUUCUAUCAUUAAUAAACUAAGCAAUAACGGAGAAAAAGUUCCAGUUUGUCAUAAUUUAAUUGCCCACUCUGUCGAAAUCUUUCUAUUCAGUAUCAUUAACUAGCUUAAUGAGUUUAUCCUAAAAAAUAUUUCUUACUACUCUACCCCAAUCUGGAAAAGCCGUAGACUUGUACAAUACGUUAAUACUACAACAUUUAUAAAUGAACAGAUAUGGCAUCUUGCCAUUGGCCUCUGCAAAAACCCUGGUUACAAUUUCCAAUAGCGUCCCGAGAGUAUUUCGGAGCCUUUAACAUUUUCCUGAAAAGACUAUUUAUCUGAAAAUGAAAUGUGCUAACGUCGACCGAUAUGUACGUCUAUAAUAGCCUGUGCUGGUCACUUAAUUGACCACACACGGCUGUGGCACCGGACCAAUCGCUAGAAGGGAAACAGAUGACGAACUAGACAUUUUGUAAACAAGUCAUCAAAGUAUAAUGACGUUUCGUUAUGGGUCCCGUCUUCUGUUUUUGCUAAGUAGGGUGUGUAACGGAAGGGUAGCUCUUUACUCAGGCCAACAGGAGCGUUUUACAUUGUAACACUGUAAAAUGAUGUGUAUUCCGUGUUUGUUGAUGUUUAUUAUGUAUAUGUGGUGGCUGUGUAUUAUUUCUAAACACACUGAUAACAUAAACAUUACAAAUAAUAAAAGUAAUCAAUGAU